CGCUUCGCUGAGAUCUAGUCGGAAAUAUUUUCAGGCUGCACAAAAGCGUGGAGACAGGAAAAUAAAUAUCAAAUUUUUGUCAACACGGGAUGUCAGGAUGUCAACGAAACAAGUGACCUGCAGAUAUUUCCUCCAUGGUGUUUGUAGGGAGGGCAGCAGAUGCAUGUUCUCUCAUGAUAUGACCACAAGCAAACCUUCAACUAUCUGCAAAUACUACCAGAGAGGAGUUUGUGCCUAUGGAGACAGGUGCAGAUAUGACCAUAUCAAACCUGGUCGUGGCAGUGGUCCACCAGCAGACCACCCUAACCGAGCCAGCAGUGUAGAAGCACCAGUGCCAGGACCUUGUCUCCCACCAAAACAUGUAAAAAAAACACUAGUGUUGAGAGAGAAAGCUCUGGGCUGUGAAAGCAGUGGUCAUGUGUAUAGUGGUGAAAGCACGGAGGUUGGGGAUUGCUGGGACUACAGGGACAACAAUGCUAGCAGCAAACCUCAUACUUACCUUGAUGCCAUCCGCUCUGGGCUCGAGAGUUCAGCCACUGCCAGCCCUCAUCCAGACAUGAGUCAACAGCCUCAGCUGUGCCCUUACAUGGCGGCAGGCCAGUGUCACUAUGGCAACAGGUGCCCAUAUCUCCACGGCGAUAUGUGCGAAAUAUGUCAGCUGCAAGUUUUGCAUCCACAUGACCCUGAACAGAGGGAAGCACAUGAAAAGGUGUGUAUGAUGACAUUUGAGAUGGACAUGGAAAGAGCGUUUGCAGUGCAACAUAGUCAGGAUAAGGUCUGCAGUAUCUGUAUGGAGGUGGUGUAUGAGAAAGCAUCUCCGUCUGAGCGACGGUUCGGCAUCCUGUCCAGCUGCUGUCACACGUACUGCUUGAGCUGCAUCCGUCAGUGGCGCUGCGUCGAGCAGUUCAAGAACCAGAUCAGAAAGUCUUGUCCUCAGUGCCGUGUGGUAUCGGAGUUCGUCAUACCCAGUAUGUACUGGGUGGAAGACCAGGAGGAGAAGAACAGACUCAUUGAGGAAUUCAAGUCUGGAGUCAGUAAGAAGCCAUGUAAAUACUUUGAUCAGGGCAGAGGCACGUGCCCAUUUGGAGGAAAGUGUUUUUACAUGCAUGCUUACCCUGAUGGGGCGCGAGCAGAGCCUGACAAACCUUGCAAACAACUCAGUGCAGAGGGCAACGUUCGGUUUCUUAACUCAGUGCGUCUGUGGGACUUUAUUAAUGAGCGUGAGCAUCGUGGGGUGCCUGGGUAUGAAGAUGAGGUCAGUGAACUGGGUGAACUCUUCAUGCAGCUCUCAGGGGCCGGUGAUGGGAGCUCCACCUCUACAUCAUAUUGAUCACGUGAAACACGUAUUCGCCUCUUUCAUGUCUUAGGUACUGUGUAAAAUAUCUGGACAAUAAAAUGUAUUAGCAGGCAAGCGUUUCAAGUUUACAUUUGAGAUGAUUUCCUCAGAAGACAUCAAAUGGUGCAUUUUUAUGCUGAAGCAUAUACUACAUCUGUAUGAGAAACUACUGUAUAUAAAACACCUGUAUCAUGUGUAGGCUGCUAUAUUCUCCUCAUCUGCAUUAGGAUGUUGCCAGGUUGAACUGAUUUUUUUAAUACAAUGCCCAAAGUGGAAUGUAUCCUAAAAGAAAAAUCUUGUGUAUGAAGUGUAAUAAAGAAAUAUUGUACAAAAUAAAAUAAAAA